AUGAUGGAAUUACAGUAUAAUUUUAUGAAGAAUGCGAUGACUUAAUAAAUUAAAACUGUUAUCGAUGUAAAUACAAUUGUUAGGAUUCUUUUUUGAUUUAUCACAAUGAAGGAUGGGUAAUAAAUUUAGAUAAAAAAUGUAACCAAAUUAUAGGAGAUUCUUAUGUUGUUGGUACAGAAUAAUGUGAUGACAAUAAUUCAGUGUUGUAUGAUGGUUGUUAUCUUUCAUAAUAUUAAUGUUAAAAAUCAUGUAUUUAAUGCAAAUUUGGAUAAUGUAAGAAAUGCGAAAAUGGAUAUUAAAAUCUAGAUGGAAAAUGCUUUGAAAUUACUUAUGAUGGACUAACGACAGAGAAUGAAUAAUGA